CUGUUAUGUUAUGUGCAUUAAUCAAUCAACUGCAUUCGACUUUCAAUCAACAACAAAUUACCGGUGCUCUGCACGUCAUGCAAAGUAGCAAAAUUGUUUAUUAAUUCAUUUAUCGUUGUUUGCAAUUUUUGUGUGUAAAUAAAGUGAAAUCAAUAAGCCAUCAACACCCUGUAAAUAAAUUUCCAACAAUUAAAUUCACAAACACAAUAAUCAAUGUACCUAUUGUCAAAUCUAACUUUUUUUUUAAUUAAUUAUUUUUUGUUUUAAUUGUCUUAAUAAUAAAAUAACAAUUUUAAGUAUUGUAUUCACUGGAUUGAAUAUACAUAAAUUUAAUUUAAUGUUUAAUGUUUAAAAUUAUUAAAAAAAAAAAAAAAGAAAUAAAAUGAUGUUGCUUAAAUUAAUUGCAAGAAAAAAAAUAAAAACUAUACUAGCAAUUGUAUUUGUAUUAUGUUUAUUUUUAUUUACAUUUAUCAUUGACACACAUGAUUUUGUAAAACGUGCACGAGUACUCACUGGUCAUAUAGUGUUAGAUAAUAUAACUUGUUAUGGAGACUCAUCAACAAAUGGUUCAAUUGAUACAUUUUCUAUUUAUGGUAAAAAAACAAUGAACAAAACAGUUAGUUCAAAAAAUAUAUUCUUUUUUCAAACAAAUUGUUUUGGUUCAGAAGGAGUUGUUCUGAAACCACGUCAAUUAUGUGCCAUUGAAUCAGCAGCAUUGAUGAAUCCAAAUAUGUCAAUUUAUUUAUUAAUUCUAAGCCAUUCAAAAUUUUCUAACAACACUGAGGAUAAUGUAAAAAUGCUGCUAACAAAUUAUAAUAAUAUAUUUAUAAAACGAAUAUAUACAAAUGAUUAUUUUAAAAAUACACCACUUGAAGAUUGGUGGAAAAGUGGUGUAUUUUAUGAAAGCUAUUGGCCAAAAAGUCAUAUGUCUGAUGUUUUAAGAUUUUUAACACUUUGGAAAGUUGGAGGAAUUUAUUUGGAUCUUGAUAUUGUUGUUAAAUCAUCACUUGAAAAUUUAACUGAUUUUGUUGGUGCUGAGGAUGCAAUUGAUGCAAAUGCUGCUGUAUUUGGUCUUGGUCAUACUGAAAUUGGUCGUCAUGUUGCUAAUAUGUGUAUUGAAGAUUUACGUAAAAAUUUUCGUGGUGAUAAUUGGGGUAAUAAUGGUCCAGGUGUUAUCACAAGAGUACUACAAAAACUUUGUAGUACAAAAAAUGUUGCUGAUAUGACAACAUCAAAGUGUCAAGGUUUUACAGUUUAUCCACCCUCUGAUUUCUUUCCAAUACCUUGGAAAAAAUGGAAAUUAUAUUUUGAUGCCAAAGAAAAAAAUAAAACAAUGGAUAAAAUAAAAAAUUCACGUACAAUUCAUUUGUGGAAUUUACAUAGUAAAUCUGAACGUAUUAAUGUUGGUGAUCAGGUACCAUAUGGCAUUAUUGCUAAUAAAUAUUGUCCAAUGACUUAUAAUAAUUGUGGAAAAGUAUUUUAAGUAUUUAUUUUUUAAUUAUUUAUUUUAGAAAAAAGUAUCCAUUCCAUUUUGUUCAUUAAAAUAGAUAGAAUAAUUGAAUCGUCGUUUUUUUUUUUUAAUUUAAUUAUUUGUGCAACUAAUCCAAGGAUAUUAUUUUUAUUAUGUAUUGUAUAUUUUUUUUAUACCUCAAAAUACCUUCAAUGCAAAAGUGCCUUCAAUCAUAGAUACAAUAAAUGAUUGUUCAUUGACAAAAUCAAAAAAAAAAUAUGAUGCAAAUAAAAUGACUGUUAGCUAAAAGAUAUUAAUAAUAUGCCACCAAAAAAUAGUAUUUUUGUAAUAGUACACUUGAUAUUUUUUUCUA